UCGCUGCAAAGGGCCUGGGCUGGGGGGCCUCGGUCCCAGUCCAUCCCCACUGUGGCACGGAGCCUCCUGCUUCGUCAUGCCCCCGGUAUCCAGGCCUGGGGACGGAGGGGCUCUAAAUGGAGCCGGACAGCUGGCCGCUGCAGGGCACCAGGCCAGAUGGACCCCCAGCAAGCCCCCAGGAAGAGGGUCUUGCAAGGGGUCUGGCUCCAUGCACCCUGUUUGGACUGCGGCCACCCUGCGGAGCCAUGUUUGCAAGGUGUCUGCGCUGCCCGCGCGGCCCCGCUCCUCCUCUUCCCCCAGGGCAGAGGGGUCGGAGCCAUCUCCCUGCACCCGCGGCCGCUAGCUUUAAAUUCUGGGGGCCGGGGCAGCACGGCAGCCCCAUUGGCUGGCCGCGAGUCAGCUCCCGGUUCCCAGCCCCUCCCCGGACUUAUAUACAGAGCCUGCUGCGAGUCCCCCCAGAGCGAAGGUACCACCCUCUCUGGCUGUGCUCGGAGCAGCUGGGAAGACGUCAGGACCUGCCGAGAAGCCCAGGCGUGGGCAGGGCUGGAGGUGGGGGGUCCCCAGCGCGCCGGGGAGGCGCUGAGACCCACAGCUUCCAGCCUGGACCGCGCCGAGCGGGGACCUGGGUCCGGCCGGGGGUCCCUGCCAUGGCUUUCACCAUGCUGAGACCCGUGGCGGCACAUGUGCUGUACCCCGACCUCAGCCUGCUGUCGGAGGACGAGGAGAACCGCAGCGAGAGCGACGCGUCCGACCAGUCCUACGGCGCCUAUGAGGGCCUGGAGCCCCACGGGAAGGUGGCCCGCAAGCCGGGGCCGCUGGUGCUGGUGAAGCAGCGGCAGGCGGCCAACGCGCGGGAGAGGGACCGGACCCAGAGCGUCAACACGGCCUUCACGGCCCUGCGCACCCUCAUCCCCACCGAGCCCGUGGACCGGAAGCUGUCCAAGAUCGAGACCCUCCGCCUGGCCUCCAGCUACAUCUCCCACCUGGCCAACGUGCUGCUGCUGGGCGAGGGCUGCGAGGACGGGCAGCCCUGCUUCAGUGCCAUCUACGGCGCCAAGGGCGAGCUGGAGGGCAAGCAGCCCCGCAGCAUCUGCACCUUCUGCCUCAGCAACCAGAGGAAAGGGGGCAGCCGGCGGGAGCUCGGGGGCAACUGCCUGAAGGUGCGAGGGGUGACGCCCGUGCGGGUGCCGCGGAGAUGAGACGGGGCCCAACACGGCAGCCCGGCGGGCCGAAGCCCAGGACACACAUGCUCCGCACUCCGGAGUGGGGGGAAGGUGCCAGUCCCCCCCCGGACCCCCGGAGAAGACGAGGCCACGUGGCAUGAGGGGCUGCUUGCUGGACUGUAGGGACACAGAGGGCUGGGGCUGCUCAGCUUGGACUUGAGGGCAGGACCCGAUCCUGUACCAUCCCCGGCGGAUAGCGAGCACCCCGGCGACGCCAGGACCCCCUGCCUCCGGGGGGUGCCGGCCCGGUGGCUGGGCUCCGAGGCGCAGGGGAGCUCUCCCCGGGCCGUGGCGCGGAGCAUGGCGAGAGGGCAGGGUCUUGCCGGGCUGGCCACCACGAGUCAUCAUUUCAGCAGGUUUGAAAAUAAAGCUAUUUUUGG